AAAAUAUCACGACACCUCUUUGUGAAAUUAGAAAGACGAGAGAUAUAUAACAAAGAAAACAAAGGAGAAAAUGGGAUCGAGCAAACAAGCGGUGAACGUACCGAUCCAAGACGGGCAAGUUACGGAGGAGAGAGGCGUACCAAGAAGCUCCGUCGUGGCCAUGUCACCAUCGGAGAGGAUGGUCGGAAAACUCCCUCACAACUGCGACUCCAUUCUGAAAAACGCCGACACUCCUCUCGACCGCGACAAACUCCAACGCCUCCGCGAUGGUGUUUUCUUGAAGAACAAGAAACAGAAAUAUUGGAUCGACGGUGGCUCGAACAGCAACUGUUUCAUGGUCUACGCACGUGAUCUCGCCAUUACUUGGUCGGAAAACGCGAGCUACUGGUCCUGGUUCACUGUCAAAGAGGCUCCGAACGAGACACUUGUUGAUGCUGUGGAGCUGAGAAACGUGUGCUGGCUGGACAUAAGUGGGAGGUUCGACAUGAAGGACCUAACGCCGGGGACAAGGUACGAGGUUGUGUUCGUGGUGAAGUUAGAAGAUCCUGCGUACGGAUGGGACACGCCCGUCAACGUGAAGCUGAAUCUUCCGUCGGGACAGAGCCCUGAACGGAAAGUGAACCUGAGAGAGAUGAGGAGGUACCACUGGCUCGAGAUUCCCGCCGGAGAGUUCGUUCCGUCGCCGGAGAACACCGGAGAGAUCAAGUUCUCGAUGUGUGAGCAUGAUUCUGGGACUUGGAAGAAAGGCCUCUUCCUCAAAGGUGUUGCCAUUCGCCCGAAAUCACACUAAGUUCCCUCAUUCACUUAACCACACUUCAUCUCUCUCUCUCCAUCUCUUUAUAUAUAUAUAUAUGUAUAUAUAUAGGUUGAAGGGUCGUUUAUGUUUAUACUAUAUGAUAGUGCAAUAAUAUGGCUUUCAACCUAAUAGAUAUUAUCCGAAAGACAUUUGAAUAAAAGUUCUGAGCGUGUGAACCGAGGUUUGUAAUGUGCUACAAGUUUGAGUAUUUUUGUUGUAUGGAAUUCGAUAGUCGAUGCUUAAAUUGGCUGUACUUUCUUCUUUUAGCAUAAUAUACUUUUUUUUUUCGAGGUUCA